UUCGGCAAUACCCGGAUGGAAGUGUAAUGGCCGCCAUCAGGGACUCGCAAGCAAUGGGGACCAUGACAGAUAUCAUCUCUUCUUUUGAUUACUGUUCCUGAUUGUGACAUUGUCCAAGCAUUAAAUUGUGUGCCUUUUGUUCCUUGAAGAAAGAGUGGUGCCAUGGACAUCUCUGAUUACCUUUAGGAUACAUUUCUUGAAGUAAAUCAGAAGGUGGUGCUAGCAAUCCCCUACUCUGUCUGGUCUCUGGACCAAACUUGAAGCUCUGGAUUCAUUUCCUUCCUCCUCAUACCUCAGCCUGAGUCUUCUGUCACCCAAUGGGUUCCACCUGAUCUUCCACUGAAGCUUCGCUUUCUCUCUCAAGAUGAGGAAACUGAGGUGCAGAGAAGUUCAAGCUUUCCCAGUGUCACAUAGCAGAGCUGGAACUAGAGCUUGCAUUUCCUGACUUCCAGAUUAGUGUUAUUUUUACCUCAAACCAUUACUUCUUGGUGAGUUAAUGUGGGAAAAAUCCUGUAUUUUGAAGAUGUCUCGGCACAGUAUCAUUGCCUGUUUAAAUUACAGAUAACUUCAAGAGUUUUCAGAAAAAAGCAAUUGCAACUUUUGGUUAAAUCAUGCCAUCUGAACAGAAACAGUUAUUUUGUGAUGAAAAACAAACUACUAUAAAAAAAGAAUAUGAUGUGAAAAAUGAGAUAAUUGAUCCUGUCAGAUCAAUUCCUAAACCAAACAUUUCAGAAAGUAGUUUUCAUUAUGAUUUAAAAAAUGUGAAAAUUGUUUUGCCGAAGGUAAAUAUUCCAAAUGAAGUCCUAUCGAAACAUGAAGUUGACAAAUACAGAAAAUUAUUUCAGGGUAAACCACAGACAGCAAGAAAAUCAAUCAGUAUAAAGACUGUAAGCUGUGUAGAGGAAUGUAUGUUGCUUCAUAAAUCUGAGAGAGCUGAAGAAGAGGGUAUAAAAAUGUCUGCAAAAAUACUCAAUUUCAACUGUUUAAAAUGCCGAGACAACACUCGAUAUAGCCCAAAUGAUUUGCAUAAACACUUUCAAAUGUGGCACCAUGGUGAAUUACCUUCAUAUCCUUGUGAAAUGUGCAGUUUUUCAGCAAAUGACUUCCAGGUAUUUAAACAACACAGACGAACUCAUAGAAGCACUUUAGUAAAAUGUGACAUUUGUAACAAUGAGAAUGUAUAUACUUUAUUGGAGUUGACGAAACAUUUUGCAUCCACACAUUGUGUUAAUGGUAAUUUUCAAUGUGAAAAGUGUAAAUUUUCCACCAAGGAUGUUGGCACAUUUGUUCAGCACAUUCAUAGACAUAAUGAAAUUCAUUAUAAAUGUGGUAAAUGCCAUCAUGUAUGUUAUACCAAAGGAGAGCUUCAGAAGCACCUUCAUGUUCAUUCUGGUACUUUUCUCUUCACUUGUCAAUAUUGUAGCUAUGGUGCCACCAGGAGAGAACACCUCGUAAGACAUGUUAUAACUUUGCACAAAGAACAUUUAUAUGCAAAAGAAAAACUAGAGAAAGACAAAUAUGAAAAAAGGAUGACAAAGACUUCAGCAGGACUUAAACUAAUACUAAAAAGAUAUAAAAUAGGUGCUUCAAGGAAGAUAUUCUGGAAACGUAAGAAAAUUAACAAUGGAAGUGACAGAAGUAUAGAAAAAAGCACUCAAGGGCUUAAAAAAAUGAACAAAACACAGACUCAGUCUGAAGACCAGAGCCAUCCUGUUCAAAAGCAUUCAAGUGAAGAAAAGGAUGAAAGACUACACUGUGAGAAUAAUGAUAAACCCUCUGUGUCAGAGUCAGAGAAGCCAACUCCUCUGACCACUGGGCAGUGUAAUAGAGCUGAUGAGGGAUCAAAUGCUACUUCAGGUUUCUUGAAGACUACUGUACAGGGACCUACAGUGUUAAUGGUGAAAAAUAAUAAAAUAACAAUUCCUGCCAACUACAGUGCUAAGUUUAUGGGCUUCAAGCUGGUGGAUGGAAAACAGCACAUUGUAAUAAAAUUGUUGCCGACCAAUAAACAGAAUUUAUAUUCACCAGGCUCACAGGCAGAUGCUGCAAAGGAGAGUACUGCUAAUUUGCAGCCCCAGACUUUGGACACCACUGGAUUUUUAACAGGAGUAACAACUGAGUUAAGUGACACAGUUUGUAUGAAAACAACUACUCCAUUUUCAUGUUCAUCUCCUGUACUUCCAGAGAAAGUUACUUCAGAAAAAGAAAUGGCUUUGGUAUCUCAAAGGAAUAAUACGCUUCAAACAUUGGAUUAUGAAAAAAGUUUCUCUUCUUUGCCAACAUCAGAAUUGAUUACAUCAGUGAAUUUGACCACAAAAGUUGAAACAAGAGAUAACGUUGACUUGUGGGGAAAUCAUAACACUCAGAGUCACCCUGAGGUAUUAAGUACCACCAUUAAAAGCCCAGAUAAAGUCAACCACAUAACCAAACCAAAUGCAUACAACAGUGGAGAUAUGCAUAACUAUUGCAUUAAUUAUGUCAAUUCUGAGUUACCUGUUGAAUCCUCCAGCCAAGGAUCAUUACCUUUUCAUAAUUACUCAAAAGUGAAUAAUUCUAAUAAACGUCGUAGGUUUUCAGGAACAGCAGUGUGUGACAGCCCUCAAAGAGACUCUCCAUCAAGCAAAACAGUUGUUCAGCAACCAAUUAGUGAAUCAGUUUUAUCACUAGUGAGGAAGGAGAGCUCAAAACCAGAUAGCCUGUUAUCGUCUAUUAGCCUUUUAAAUGAUAAAGAUGAAACUUUAAAAACAAAAGUUGAAACUGAAGAACAGGGUGUUUUAGGAAAAGAGCAAAACAUGGUUGAACAAAACUUGUUCAGUAAUGAAAAUCAAAAUUUAGAGAGUGUGACUAAAGAAUCUAAAUGGGAUGACAUUUCUAGUGUUGAUUCACCUUUGAUGCCUAGAAUCACAUCUGUUUUCUCUCUCCAUAGCCAACAGGCAUCAGAAUUUUUGCCACCCGAAGUAAACCAAUUGCUUCAGGAGGUAUUGAAAACAAAAUCUGAUGUAAAACAAGACUCUAGUACCACUGCAGAUAAAGGUCUACCACUUAAUUGUCACCAGUCAUUUCAAAAACAUGAGGGAGAAAGCAAAAUAGUUGAAUCUUCAAAAGACUUCAAAGUGCAAGGCAUCUUCCAGGUUCCAUCUGGCAGUGUAGGUAUUAAUGUGCCUACAUACGAUCUGAAUUUAAAAUGUAAUGGAAAAGAAAAACAGGUGCUAUCAGUGUCACAAGAUGUGAAAGAUUCAGAGAAGACACCUAGAAUUUCAGGUUUUGGCACAUUACUUAAGACUCAGUCAGAUGCCAUAAUAACACAGCAGCUCGUAAAAGACAAACUACGAGCCACUACACAAAAUCUAGGCUGUUUAUAUAUGCAGAGCCCACUUCUAAGUCCAGAACAAAAAAAAGCUAUAUUUGUUCAAACUCCAAAAGGGUUUUUUGUACCAUUGCAUGUUGCUGGCAAGCCUGGGUUACACAUCGUUUCAGGAAGACCAGUUCCGUACGUUAAUGCACAAGCUGUACCCGCUUCUGUUCUUUUAAACAAGAAACCUGGGAUGAUUGUAACAUUUAAUAAUAAGAAGCCUGAAGGUGUUUCCACUGUCAAAACUGAGAGUGCUCAAGCUUGUGGAACUGUGACUAAGGAGCCUUGCAAAAUGCCCUUUUUAAAGGUAGAACCGAACAAUAAUUGUCUUACACCUGCACUUUGUUCCAGCAUUGGCAGUUGUUUGAGUGUGAAAAGUAGCUCAGAAAACUCUUUGCCAUUAAAAGGCCCUUACAUUAUUAAAACAUCAGCGUGUUCUUCAGUGAAAACUGUUCCUACUCCUAAUAUGCUAUCUGAGCAUCAGGGCACUAAGUUGAAUAUCUUGGAUUCAGUAAAACAGCAGAACGAGAUUUUUCCAAAACCACCUCUUUAUACACUCUUGCCUGAUGGCAAACAAGCUGUUUUUUUAAAGUGUGUGAUGCCAAAUAAAACUGAGCUGCUUAAGCCUAAAUUAGUCCAAAAUAGUACUUAUUAUCAAAAUAUACAGCCAAAGAAACCUGAAGGAACACCACAAAGAAUAUUGCUGAAAAUUUUUAACCCCGUUUUAAAUGUGACUGCUGCUAAUAAUCUGUCAGUAAGCAACUCUGCAUCCUCAUUGCAGAAAGAUAAUGUCCCACCUAGUCAGACUAUUAGAGGAGAGCAGAAAGAGCCAGAAUCUUCUAGAGAUGCCUUACCUUUCUUACAAGAUGAUUUGAUGCCAGCAAAUGAAAUUGUGGUAACUUCUACUGCAACCUGCCCAGAAUCGUCUGGGGAACAAGUAUGUGUCCGUGACUGUUCAGAGGCCAGAGUUUUAAGGUGUAAAACAAAUUGUACAAUUGAAAGAAACUUUAAUAGAAAAAAGACUUCCAAAAAAAAUUUUUCAAAAAUAAAAACUCAUGUAAGAAGUAAAGAUUCUGAAACUGCUUUUGUAUCUAGAAAUAGAAGCUAUAAACGUAAGUGUAGGAGUAGUUACCAAGAACCUCCAAGGAAGAAAGCAACAUUGCAUAGAAAGUGUAAAGAGAAGGCUAAACCUGAAGAUGGCCAUGAAACAUUUGGAUUUAGCAGACCUAGACUUUCAAAAGAUUCAGUCAGAACUUUGCGACUUUUCCCUUUCAGUUCCAAACAGCUUGUGAAAUGUCCUAGGAGAAACCAACCAGUUGUAGUUUUGAAUCAUCCUGAUGCAGAUGCACCAGAAGUAGUAAAUGUAAUGAAAACUAUUGCUAAAUUUAAUGGACGUGUACUUAAGGUUUCAUUGUCAAAAAGAACUAUCAAUGCUUUACUGAAUCCUGUUUGUUAUAACCCUUCUAAAGCAACUUGUGAUGAUUUUUCCAAGAGGCACAAAACAUUUAAACCUGUUAGUUCUGUGAAAGAAAGAUUUGUGCUAAAAUUAACACUCAAGAAAACAAGCAAAAACAAUUAUCAGAUUGUGAAGACUACCUCUGAAAAUAUUUUGAAGGCUAAAUUUAACUGUUGGUUUUGUGGUAGAAUAUUUGACAAUCAAGAUAUUUGGGCUGGUCAUGGGCAGAGACAUUUAAUGGAAGCUACUCGGGAUUGGAAUAUGUUAGAAUAAUUCACUGUUAUUGCCAAGGAAAAGAAAAGUAAAAUUACCUUAGAAGAAAACAAUGGGUUUAAUUACCGUAAUGCAGACAUUUUCUACUUCAAUAUAGUACCUGAAAUUAAAUAUUUUGAAAGUUGGUUAUAUUUCUGUGGAAGAGCAAAAGUUUUAUGUUUGAUAUUUGAAAGUGCUAUCACUGCACACAUAAGUUUGGAAAGAAACUAAUCACAGCACAGAUUACCUGGAUUUAAGUUUUUUUAAAUGUGCUCUGGGGAAGUUAGGGCUAAAGAAAAUUUUGAUAAAACAAUUUUCCCAAUUUAGUUCUUUAUAGUGACUGUUAGGCAAGGGUACUGGCUGACACCCCCCCCCCUUCCACCAGCCUUAGGAAUCUGAUGAGUAUAGCUCCUCUGAAGAUGGAGAGCUCUUUCACGAUGGAACUGAAGGAGUUUCUCAUCAUUUGUGAAGAUAAAUUGAGAGAGCUUGGAUAAAGAAGUUAUUCUGCAUGUGCUAAAUUCAGUUCUUGGAGGGUAUUAUGCUCCUUUGAAAGUACAUAUAACUCACUACAGUUACACCUCACAUAAUGCUUGAAGAGUUUUUGGCAAGUAAAUUGUUUUACCUGUUAAGCUCUGUCAUGUGUCAGAGAUUGGAACUCCCUUCCAGGGUGAUUUUUUUCUUUCUAAGUGGCUAUGUCAAGCACUGUAGUAGAUGGGCAAUCUCAAGAGAAGAAUUUAAACUUUAUCUCAUUUAAAGUCCAGUUGAAGAACUUGAACAUAUUUCUGAAUUUGAUUAUAUUCUCCAGUGAUCCCUUUGCACAGAACUAUGUUUAUCUGAUUUAAAUUGUCCGUCAUAAACCAAAUAGCCGUUGUUUUUUUUCUUGGUUGCCAUCCCUUUAAAAAGAAUGGAACAUAGAAGCACUUCCAAGGGAAUGGCUUUUCUUGAAAAUCAAAAAUUUUUCUACUGAAAUAAUAUUUUGAAGCAGACCAUAUUUUUGUCGGUGUUUACUAUUAUUAUUUGAACAUGUCCAAAUUAGUACAAAUCAUUUUUGUUUGCAAAUUUCAGUAUGACUGACAACCCAAAGGAGAUAUAUACUGAUUGCUGGCAUUUGAAAAUGGGGAAGCAUUAAUUGUGGACCCAGUGGCAGCGCAUAAAACUUUAGGACAGAUUCCUAAGGAACAUGCCCAAUGGAGUUUCAAAGUGGAUGUUUUCAUGACAACAGAAUCAUAGAUUUAAACUUUUCACCUUUUAAGUUUGGAUCAAAUUUGUUGCAUUGUUGGAUAAUGGAGUUCUUGUAUUACAAAAUUACAAACCAUAUGAUUUUGUUACAUUGUUACUAUUAAGUAUUAAUGACAUUUUCAUUGAUUGGAUGAAAACUUCAGGGCUUAUUUUCUGUAUGUAUGUAACAAAGAAGUUAAAUCUGUACAUAUUUUUGUACCUUUAUGUAAAUUUUGCACAGAAAGUUUUUUGACAAAAAGUUUAUUUUCUUUCAGUUUAGUUCUGUGCAUGCACUAAUAAAACUGGUUGUUUAAUUUAAAAGGAAUAUAUAAGACUUUACCCAUAAUAUUUUCUUGGUUUUUAUUUCAGAUGUAGAUUUUUUUUCUUGAGGUAAAUUCGUUUUUCAGGGAUUGAACACUAUUGUUAGCAAGUGCCUAAAAAUGAUGUGAAACAGUUUACAUAUGUCAACUGUAACAGUAGGUCCCAAAUGGGUCCAUUCCCCUAAUAGUUUUAUUUUAAAGAAAGCCAUAUAUAGAUGCUUCAAGCUAUCUUGCUAUGCACAUUAUACUUGUACUGUUUUUGUGCAGUUUGUCUACUUUCUUAGUGAAGUAUUUUUUGGUAUAAAACCUGUUACAAUUGUGUUUCUUAAGUUGAGCCUAAGAACAGAGUUAAUUGAAGGCAUACACAGUAUAUAUUAAUAAUGUAUAUGGUGUUUAAAGACUGGUAAGCAUUGUUAAUUUCUGUAAUGACCGUUUCUUCAAUUAAAUCUAUCUUAAGUUUGUGUUUA